AUGGCAGAAGGCUCCGGAGAGCCAGAGGUUGUCAAGGCCAUGAAGGCCCUGAUCCAGCGAACCAAGUUCGUUCAAGAGACAGCCGGGCGCAUGAGGGUGUGGUGCAAAGAGCGAUUCACUGCAGACCGCUGGCUGGACGAGAACGAGCGGGAGUGGUACGCGCUCGAUCGACUCUGUCGCUCGAGGCCGUGGGCCACCAAUCGGGAGAAGGCGUUCCCGUAUCCCUUUCGCGAUGCUACGAGGAGAAUGAUCAAAGUGGAAGGUGAUUGGGUUGGUGGAAGUCGACCUGAUAUCUUGCCCACGGAAGCUCGGCGGCACGGCAUCGACUGCCAGGUGAUCAGCCAUAUCAAUUGCUGCCCCCAUUUUCCUCCAGAACAUCGCGUUCUGCUUUUCGCCCCCGAGUUCGGAAGUGAUCGAUCCUUCGACGUGGACAUGUGGAGUUUCAUCGAGCCAGACGACCAAGUCGAUUUGGCCGUCGUUUGCUGGCAGGGCUGGGCAAGCUUCGAUGUAAUGCUGAAGCAGGUCUUGGACAAGGUUCUCUCCUUCGGUGAUGGGGUAAACACUGUCUGGUUUGGGCAAGGUAUGGGUGGCAUUGUGGCGUAUGAAUUGUUGAAGUUGCUAGAGAUUCAGAAUAUUCAGACGCCAAAUCUGCCUGUCGCACUGGUCGUUUCUGAUUGCCCUGCUCCAGACAAGUUCUCGCAGAUGUAUCGACCGUACGAUGAGGCGAGUUGGCCUGGCCAGCUCUCCCAGUAUGCCGCCGCACGGCAGAAGGAGAUCGAGGAGGUUGUGGCGAUGAUGAAGUCCUACAGGUUCAGGCAUCAAGCUCAUCGGAGACUGUUGGUGCCGGUAGCCGCCUGCUAUCACCCAGGGAGGAGCUCAUUUGAUGCCGCAUCGGUGCAGGCGUGGGCCGACUAUAGCCACGAACCUGGUUUCUCUGAACUUGACCUCGGUGCAAGCGAGGAGCAAGAAUGGUAUUUGGACGGCUUGGGCCCCGCUCUACAUCCCGAACCGGCUCUCCUUGGCACGAUCAGCAGGAUGUGCUCCGAGUUCAGCCGCUGGAAAGAUGCAGAGUAUCCAGAUAUUGGGCCUGUUGAGGGGCCGAUCCCAGAAGAGGUGGACUGCGUGAUCGUGGGUGCAGGAAUUGCUGGCAUCUAUCAAGCAAAAGUAAUGAACGAGCUGGGCAAAUCUUUGGUGGUUUUCGAUAGAUACCACAUGAUUGGCGGAGUCUGGGAGUUCUAUGGCAAUGAAUACUCUCGAGUGAAUACGUCUGAGAUCGGAUAUCGCGUUCUGGACAAAAAGGGCACCUGGACGCGACCGAACGAGGACCACACACCACGGCGAGACAUCAUGCGGGACAUCUAUGAGAUUGCCAGCAACCAUGCGUAUGGGAAGAUCCGAUGCAAAACAGAUGUCACGAAGGUUGAAAAGCAAAAGGAUGGAACCUAUUUGGUACAGGUGAAAUCGCUCACGGGUGGUGCAGAGCGUGUCGUAAAAGCCAAAGCUGUGAGCUUCCAAGUCAAUCGGCGCAUUGGCAAGCGGCGCAUCGUUGAUUGGCAGGACUCAGAGAAGUUCAAGGGCAUCAUUUGCUAUGGCUAUGGCAACGAGCCAAAAGACAUCGACUUUUGGAACAAGCGGGUGCUCGUUAUCGGAGCAGGCGCAUUCGCUUUUGAAAACGUGCGGACAUCCGUUGAGCAUGGCGCACGACAUGUGACAUUGCUUGGGAGGCGAGACGGGACCACUUGCCCCAAGUGGAUUGACAUGAUAGCUUUCCUUCGUCCAAUUGACAGCUCCAUGCAAACCAACAAAGCUGGAAACAUGAUCAGCUUCGAAGUAUGGCAGAAGUGCUAUGAGGAUGCAGGCAUAAGACCGCCCGGCUGCUGGUCAGAAGGACUGCUGAAACCACACAACCACACCAUCUCUGUGUCCGACCUUGCCUUCAUUGGAGGCUAUCACGGCCUGGUGGACUUGAGAGUCGGCGAGAUUGCACGGAUUCGUCAAGAUGGAAGAGGCGUGUGCUUGAAGGAUGGCUCGGAGAUCGAUGUUGACAUCAUCAUCAAGUGCACUGGCUUCCAUCUCAAUGACGAAGUUCCUCAGGUCGUGGGCAGCUCCAAGAUGCAGUCCUAUGGGCUCAUCGACUACAAUCUCAACUAUCAGGCCGAGCCUCUCCUCGAUCAGGGGCAGUUUGGAAGUGCCAAGUCGACAGAUGCUGAAGCCGAGAACCCUGCAAUGAGAGAAAUUAUCGAGCUCUACCAGACCAAGGAAUUUGUAAGGGGGUUGGAGCUUUAUCGGAAGAUCGGAUUGGAUGAGGAGCCCUUGAAGCCCCAGGGCAACCCUUUCGGAUCCGGCCAAGGAGGUCCCAUCGAUUUUCUCUCGUACUACUUCGCAUGGUUGGUGGAUCAUCCAGAAGAACAGGCCGCCUUGUUGAAGCACGGCGGGCCCCCAUCGCAGGAGAUGGUGAAGUUAUGGUCCAGCGCGAUCGGCCAGAACAACUCCACAACGCUCAUGAGGCUCAUAUGUGCGCUUGCAGAGCUGGAGGUUGACCAAAAAGAAGCCAGCCGGACAGCACUUCUAUUUCCAGGGCAGGGCUCGCAAUACGUGGGAAUGCUUGCCAAGUGCAAAGACAAACCCAAAGUGCAGAGCAUGAUCUCGCGUGCCAAUGCAAUCGUGGGCUACGAUCUGUUGGAGGUAUGCCUGCAAGGGCCAAGUGAGAAGCUGGACGAGACCAGUGUGUGCCAGCCUGCCAUGUUCUUGGCAGGCAUGGCGGCUCUUGAAGUUUUGCGAGAAACUCGCCCAGACGCGGCAGACAGGCCACAAGCCGUGGCUGGCCUCUCGCUGGGGGAGUACUGUGCUCUCUGUGCGGCUGGAGUCCUGGAGUUCGACGAUGCUCUGAAACUUGUCAUGAUAAGAGGUGCAGCGAUGGCCGAAGCUGCUGCGUCUUCGUCACAGGCGAUGGUGUCCAUUGCUGGCCUGACUGAAGAAGUGGUCGCUGAACUCUGCGAGCGUGCAAAGCAAGCAGCACCUGGAGAGGGUCAAGUCUGCCAGAUUGCGAAUGUCUUGUUCAAGAAGGGUUUUGCUUGUGCUGGAACAAGACCAGCCGUGGAAAGAUUAAGGGAAGCUGCAGAAAAGGAGAAAGCAAUGCAGGCGAAACUGAUCAAGACAUCUGGGGGAUUCCACACAGAGCUGAUGAAGCCUGCGCAGAAGACCUUGAAUGCAGCUUUAGAAAGCGUAGCUUCCAGAAUGAAGCCGCCGAGAUGCGACGUGUACAUGAAUGCAACGGGGCAGAAAGUGGCAGCAGGCACGCCGCCGCAGGAGAUCAUGCCGCUCCUGUCGCAGCAGCUAUGCUCCCGAGUACUUUGGGAGCCCAGCAUGCAAAGGAUGAUCGAUGAUGGAGUUGAGGAGUUCUACGAAGUGGGUCCUGACAAGCAAUUGAAAGCAAUGAUGAAACGGAUCGAUCAAAGCGCAUGGAGCUGCACAACAAACGUGGAGAUCUAA